CGAAUGUAAUAUGCGCAUUUGAAAGGGUUGGUUUCAGUUGAGUGGGCUGGGAUAAUAUUCUGCAUUGCUAAAUUAGGAACGAGAUGGUCGCUUUUCCUUGAGAAAGGUUAGAUCAAGGUUAAGAUUUUGAGGGGGAGGUGAAAGUAGUAUUUGAUGAAAUACGUGUUUUGAAAGCGUAAACAUCCUGUAAGCGCACAAGGCGAGACUUGUGAAACUUUCACUUGAUCAUUACAUUUCGAAGCGGUGAGGUUGGUGCUAUCAUCCUCCAUAAGGAUUACAAUGGAAGCUCGUAAUGAAUACCCAGAAGAUAUGGCUUUAUUUCAACCAAUUUCUUUGCAAGAUAUGUGUAUUCAAACUAUUUUAUCUUCGAUAUUAUGUAUAGCUGAACUGUAUAAUGUAGAACUGAAUAUUCCUCGUAUGAUUUUAAGAGAUAUAAUAGAGAAAGGUCGAUUCUGGAUUGAUUUUGAAAGUAGUUUCUCCUUAGAGAACAGAGAUGUAUUUUGGGAUGAAAGUUUAACUCUCUAUGAAAGAAUUCGAUUUAAUAAGUGGUUUUCUAAACAAUUUAUUGCCUGGUUUUUCUUUGAUGAUGAUGUUAUAUUUCUUUUACACCUAAAGAUUGCACAUAUCACAUUUGUAAAACAUGUAAUUGUUCAAAAUAAUGAGUCUAAUAUUUAUUUGAAAAGCUGCAACAAAUGUUUAGAAUUGUGGUUACGAUGUCAAACAGACACUACCAGAACGAAAUGUAAAAUUUUCAGAAAAUUCAAUCAUUUCUUAUGUUAUAAUGAAAGGGAUACCCUUUCUUAUAUGCGAAAUGAAGAUAACUGGUGUGAGAUAUGUAAGCAAAGUCCUCUGUAUUUCAUUUGCGACGAGAAUUCAUGUUGCAUUUCUUUUGGAAACUUGAUACACGAAUGUCCCCGAAUUAACCAUGAUCACUGUUAUAAUAAUUGCUAUGGAGGUUAUGUAGAAAACUUUUCUUUUAACUGUCGAAUAUGAACAAAAAUACUGAUACAUUAUGGCAAUAUUCUGAUUAAUCAUUUUUAUUUUAUAAACACCCUGAAAUUUUUGUUGAUAUGUAAUGAUUCCAUUUAUGUUUGUAACAAUGUGAAAUGUACUUUUUGUUUUAUUUGAUUACUUAUUGUAUUAUCAAUAUAACAUCUCACAUGGUGUAAUGAAAAUAAUGGGUUAGUUCCCAUAUUGGAUUUACAUCGAAAAAUCGUUUUGAUUUUUUUUUAAAUGUUCAUUUUAAUUUUUGAUACCUUUAUAUAUUUUACAACAGUAAUAUGUUUUUUGUUUCAUUUGAUUUUUUCAUUGUAUCAUGCAUACAAGAAUGAUUAUUUUGUAUUAAGCUUCUGUAAUCCUUUGGAAAAAAAAUAAAAAAAUGGACCUUAUCCAAAAG